CCAGGGCGGGCGGGGGCGGUCCGGCGGUGCCCGCGAUGGCGCAUAAAACCGCUGGCCACCCGCCGGGCCGUUCCUCCGCGCCCCGCCGAGCCGGCCGCGCCGCGUCCCGCCGCCCGCGAGCGCCGCGCGGAGCCGGCCGCAGACAUGGGCAGCCGCGUCCGAGCGCGCCGGGCGGCGCUGGCGCUGGGCGGCCUCGGGCUGCUGCUGGCCGCGCUGGGCGCCGUCAUGAUCGUGCUGGUGCCCUCGCUCAUCCGGCAGCAGAUCCUCAAGAACGUGCGCAUCGACCCCAGCAGCCUGUCGUUCAACAUGUGGAAGGAGAUCCCUGUCCCCUUCUACCUCUCCGUCUACUUCUUUGACGUCCUCAACCCCCAGGAGAUCCUCGAGGGCCAGAAGCCGUCAGUGCGGGAGCGGGGCCCCUACGUGUACAGGGAGUUCCGGCACAAGACCAACAUCACCUUCCACGACAAUGACACGGUGUCCUUCGUGGAGCACCGCAGCUUCCAGUUCCAGCCCACACGCUCCCAUGGCUCGGAGGACGACUACAUCGUCAUGCCCAACAUCCUGGUGCUGGGCGCCGCGACCAUGAUGGAGGACAAGCCCGGCGGCCUGAAGUUCAUGAUGACCCUGGCCUUCAGCACCCUGCAGGAGCGCGCCUUCAUGAACCGCACGGUCAGGGACAUCAUGUGGGGCUACGAGGACCCGCUGGUGAACCUCAUGAACAAGUUCUUCCCGGGCAUGUUGCCCUUCAAGGGCAAGUUCGGGCUGUUUGCCGAGCUCAACAACUCGGACUCGGGGCUCUUCACGGUGUUCACAGGGGUCCGAGACUUCAGCAGGAUCCACCUGGUGGACAAAUGGAAUGGGCUCAGCAAGGUCAACUACUGGCACUCAGACCAGUGCAACAUGAUCAACGGCACCUCCGGGCAGAUGUGGGCGCCCUUCAUGACCCCCGAGUCCUCGCUGGAGUUCUACAGCCCCGAGGCCUGCCGGUCCAUGAAGCUCAUCUUCAAGGAGCCGGGGAUGUUCGAGGGCAUCCCCACCUACCGCUUUGUGGCCCCCAAGACCCUGUUUGCCAAUGGGUCGGUAUACCCGCCCAAUGAGGGCUUCUGCCCCUGCCGGGAGUCGGGCAUCCAGAACGUGAGCGCCUGCCGGUUCAAUGCCCCCUUGUUCCUCUCCCACCCCCAUUUCUACAACGCGGACCCCGUGCUGGUGGACGCCGUGCAGGGCUUGCACCCGAAUGCCAAGGAACAUUCCUUGUUCCUGGACAUCCACCCGGUCACGGGCAUCCCCAUGAACUGCUCGGUGAAGCUGCAGCUGAGUCUGUUCAUCAAGAAGGUGGAAGGCAUCGGGCAAACGGGGAAGAUCAAGCCCGUGGUGUUGCCGCUGCUGUGGUUUGGCGAGAGCGGGGCCAUGGAGGGCGCCCCCCUACGGACCUUCUACCGGCAGCUGGUGCUGAUGCCCAAGGUGUUGCACUACGCCCAGUUCGUCCUGCUUGGCCUGGGCUGCGUCCUGCUGCUCGGGCCCGUCGCCUUCCUGCUCCGGAGCCAGGGACCCGAAGAAGCCGAGAGCCAGUCCAGCCUGGCGCCCUCAUCCACCGGGGACCCCGGCCCCCACACGCCGCUCCUCCAGGACUCGGCCAGCCGGCGGUCCAUCAGCCCCUCGGUCUGAUCCCACGCCACGCUGUCCCGCCCAGCGCGCGUGAGCUCAGGCACGAACACUCAGGGACAGAAGGCUCUGGAAGAGGCCCCGCCUCGAGGCUGUUCUGGAACCUUCUCUCCACAUCCACAUCUCUCCAAGCACACUGCAGGGGCUGAGGGCUGGGGCAGGCCCCCUCCACCACCGCCAGGAACCAAUGGCCGGACAGGGUGCCGGCCACACAGGGAGAGCCGUAUCACGCGGUGGCUCUGAGCUGCACACGCAUCUCCCCCGCCCCGACUGACAGCACUGAGCCCCUCGGGUGACAGAGACUCCGGACGCCCCCUCCGCGACAGCCCCCCGAGAGGUGCCGGGGCCCCACAGCCUCCAUCCUGGUCUUUUUCUACUGGAAGAGAAGUGAAUUUUACAGUCUCAGA